AUGUUGGGAUUUCGUCGCAACCUUUCCGCGCAGGACGUGAUGCUGCAGCUCAAACACCAGAUCGUAGACGACACUUCUCGUUCCACCAAGGCGAUUCUCGGCCUCGAUCUGAAAAAGGCUUUUGACAGUGUCGAGCACGCGGCGAUUCUCGACCGUGUCCGAUCGCUGGGAUUAGGCCAAAGAAUUUAUAACUAUAUACGCGAUUUCCUCACGGGCAGGCGUGCGAGCGUCGUCGUCGGCAACGCGGAAUCAGCGGAAUUCGAGACGGGCCCGAUGGGUACGCCGCAGGGCUCUGUCGUGUCGCCCAUGUUGUUUAAUCUCGUCCUUCUUGGGCUUCCGGAAAAACUAGCUACAAUAGAGGGACUGCAUCACAGCCUCUAUGCGGACGACAUCACCCUCUGGGUCCCCCGAGGAGGAUGUGACGGCAACGUAGAACGAACGCUUCAGAUGGGCGUGGACGCGGUCCAGGAGUUCUUGCGAGGCACGGGCCUCGAAUGUUCGGCGGCCAAGUCCGAGCUAUUGCUCUACAGACCCACGAGCAGGGGCCGCAAAACCGUGCUUCCCGGCGGAGGGAGAUCAGACAUUAGAGUAGUAACGGCGGAUGGCGUUCCCAUACCGAGCGUAGAUCACAUAAGGAUAUUGGGACUACACCUGCAGGCCAACGGUCACAACGGUGAGAUGGCCCCCGUCGCCUCUGAACAGACGGCGAAGAUGCCCGAGAUGGUGACAGUUGAAGGCAUGGACAUCAAUCCGGAUGACUUCGACGGAGCGGGGUGGACCACCGCCCUUGGCGCCCGACGGAAACGGGAUCCGGCAAAAAACGCGGCGGCCCCUGCUGCUGCCAAGACGACGGCAAACACAGCACAGAAGGACGAUUUCAACGCCCGCUCCCGCUCGACAGUUCAGAAGGUCGUAGCCGCCUCGCGACUCCCUCGGCUGCCGAAAGACCAGAUUAAGGUCAUUGUACGGCCCCGCGGAGGGCUCGACGUUUCGAAGGCGGAUUUGGUGCUGCUGGCGAGGGCUCUGACUAUGGCCGCUGCGCUAACCGACCAAGAGGCAUCGGAAGAUACGAUCUGCGUUCCUGAGUUCAGCUAG